AACAUUAACAGAAGCAGCAAAAAUUGAAAAAUCAUUUUCGAAUUCCACAUACCCCAAAAAGAACAGUGGAGGGGAAUAGUGAAUACGACGCCGACAGCGAAGACGACGCCAACGCCAACACCAACGACGACGACGCCGGCAACGCUCUAAACAGCGGGCAGAAGAAACAACGCGAAAUUGAAAUCAGAAGUUAACCGGAGCCAAUAGAGGCUAGUUCUAAGUAAAUUUUCUUCUUAAUCCCCCACACAUCGUCAUGGAAGAGAAUUCACGUAUGCUGAGCCUACUGGGCGGAUUGGCCAUUAGCAUUGUAGGAUUUCAGAUAUGCCGGAAAGUUCUGCCAUGGUUUUAUGUGAAUAUUUUGGGACCCAAGCUGGUGGGCUCUACGGUCGAUGUUGCCAAAAUGGGUGAAUGGGCUGUUAUUACCGGCUCCACCGAUGGCAUAGGCAAGGCAUACGCCAAGGAGUUGGCACGCCGUGGUCUAAAACUAGUGCUGAUCAGUCGAUCGCUGGAUAAACUGAAGGCUGUGGCCAAAGAAAUUGGCGAUGCUUAUGCCGUUGAGGUACGCAUUAUCGAUGUCGAUUUCACUGGCGGUGUGGAAAUCUAUCAAAGGAUACGCGAACAGACAGCUGGUCUGGACAUUGGUGUGCUUGUGAACAAUGUGGGAAUCAGUUAUAGCCAUCCGGAAUACUUUUUGGAUUGCUAUACCGCUGAUCCAAAAUUCUUGCGCAGUAUUGUUGCUGUCAAUAUACAUUCUGUGACCCAUAUGAGUGCCCUGUUUUUGCCCGGUAUGAUUGCUAAACGCAAGGGAGUGAUUAUAAAUAUCUCAUCGACAGCUGGUGUGAUACCAAAUCCUUUGCUAAGCUUAUACAGUGCCACCAAGUCAUUUGUUAACAAAUUCAGCGAUGAUCUGCAAACGGAAUACAAAGAGCAUGGUGUUAUUAUCCAAAGUGUGCAGCCUGGUUUUGUAGCCACCAAUAUGAGCAAGAUACGUAAGGCGAGUGUGUUCGCUCCCUCCCCUGACACGUAUGUAAAAUCUGCACUCUCCACACUUGGCUUUGCCACACAAACCGCUGGAUAUCUACCACACGCCUUGCUUCAACUGGUCAUCCAUUUUACAGAGGCUCUAUUCGGGGAACAAUUUGCCCGGAACAUUGUGCUUAAGAAUAUUCUCGGUACACGCAAGCGUGCCCUGCGUCGGCGAGACAAGGAGCAAUAACAACUCAAAGAUACUCGUUUCAUUUUAUAAUUAGAAUAGAAGCCAUUCAUGUGGGGUUGCGGGAGCAUUUUACUUUAAUGUAUUCAAUUACAAUUAUAACAAUUGUAAUUUGACCUUACCCUGGACAGAGAGAAAGCUAGCUAAAGAAAACAUUGCUUAUCAUCUAUGUUCAAUUUUCAUAAUGUGUGUGUCAUACCAAAAAAGAAAUAUACCAAAACAAAUUAUAAACCAA